AAAGUUCUUUCCUCCAAAGUGCAUUGAACAUUGUGUUAAUAAAACUGAAAUAAAGGAGCUGAGAACGAUAUGUUGAAAUCCACGGAACCAAUACUUAUAAGGGAACCAUCAGCUGGAGUGCGCCGCCAGAAAUCGCGGGCUUCCAAAAUGAUUGGCGACUACAUAGACACCGCCGUACGCAUUGCCGGUGUGGGUUUUCUGGCGGAUCUCAUUCAGCGACUGGUUCUCAGUGUAGUUGAGCAUCUGCAGGACUAUCGAUACUAUUUGCCCGAGGAUGGCCUGUCGACAAUACUACAACGAUCGUUUACCUACAAUAAAAGGAGCGUCUUCAUAAUUCUGGCCUUCGUUGUUCUGGCACUCAUUCGAUUGUCUGCAACAGGUAACGGCAGGGCGCUAGUUCCAACGGCUGCGUACCUGGCCUAUAUGCCGCUGUACUGGCUAUUCCAGUGCCUUGGCGGGAGUAAACUGCGUUAUUCCCACUGGAUAAGGGAACCACAUGGCCUCGACUAUGCCUCUGGAAUGGCUGCCAAUUACUUUCACGGCUUCUUGAACCUUUCAUUGCCCGAACGCCAGGGUGACGGCCUUAGGCGCCGCAUGGCAGUAUAUGAAGCAACACACAACAUCACUUUCGGACUGGACCGACUGAUCAUUCUCAUUCCAGACGAAAUGUUUGUAAAGGGCAAACUCGAAAGCGACUUACUGGAAAAGGCCGAACCAUUGCAAACUGUGAACAUCCAACGGGCCGGUGUCAAUCGUCCUUUUAAGCAUGAUGUGUACAGACUUAAGCGCAUGAUCGAUGGGAAAUUCUAUUACUUUGUCAUCGAGGGAGCCACACCAAUGUUGUCCUUCUUCGAAUCGCUGCAGUCGCAAAUCUCGGCCACCUGGCAAAUGCGCGAAAUGAAGCGCGAGAUCUGGCUCAAGUUCUACAAGCAUCUAAAAUAUCUAUUGUACACUUGGCCCGAGACACGCAACCUAGUGGAGCCAAUCAUCUACAAUUCUCACGAUGCCAAUGGCAAUUUGGUCGAUGUUGGCGAGUUGCUCAUCACCCGCAUGGAGAACAAAAAAAAGAAGAAUGCCUAAUCCAGCUAUCCUGUGGUAUCAUCUGCCAACAACGAGUUCGAUUAACAUUUUGAAGAAACGAACGGAAAUAUUUUUACCGACUGAGCAAUGUAUUGAAGCUCUUAAUGACAAUUUCAUUUUCAAUAUCAAUUUUACCACUUAAAACUAA